CCUUUGUUGUUUUUACUUUUCAGCAAAACAUAUAUCGUUCACUUUGGUCAGGAUGGAAGCUGCAACCUCUCGAUGUUUUUCAGUAGUACUCCCUCCUCCACCGUUUUCCUUCGGCAAAACGAGAUUCUUGCAUGGGAAACGAUCGAGGGCCCUGGUUUUUGCAGCUAGAAGAGACUCCCACGAGCCAGACUAUAGAGGAUCCUGCUCGGUUGAUGAAAGCAUGAUCAUUUUGAGGAAACGCAUUCACGAGAUGAAAGUGAUUGAGAGGAAUUACGAGCCUCCGGAAGAAUGGAUGGAAUGGGAGAAGCAGUAUUACGCAUGCUAUGACGAAUAUAUUUGUGAUUUGGUGGGGUUACUGCAGUCAUAUUUGAUGAACACUAGGCCUAGUUUGGCUUUUGGGUUGCUUGCACUCGUCACUUUGAGUGUCCCGGCUUCGACGGUCAUGAUUCUGCUUCGUUUGAUGGAAGUGGCUAAUGGGUUCUUCUCUGCCGUUCAUCACGUUUGAUUUGGUUAAUUCUUGCAGUAGUUAUCGACCUAUAUAUGUAAAUACUGAUCAUCAUUGAUAAUGGAUUUUUGUAUAUUGUAUAUCUCACUCCAUGUUCCCCAUCUUUUUACUGGGAAUGGCAAGAUUCUUUGAAUGGAGCAUUAUUUGAUCAUGUUCUUUGAUUUGUUAAAAAGUUCAUGCUUACUAAAUAAUUAUUUCAGGCUCUUUAUAUGUUCAAAGGAGUUUUUUUAAUGCUUGAAUGUGGGAGAUAUAGCUAGACUUAUUUAAAAACAAAAAAACAAAAAGAAGAAGAAGAAGUUAUU